CCGAGUGCAUACAAGUCCCCAUCUGUGAACUGAAAACUGCAAAUCUUUGAUUCAUCGGAUUUUCGGAUAGGAUAUAGGUUGAAAAAGUGUAAACAAGAAAAGAUACCAUAAGAACUUGGUUAUCUCUUCCUAUUUAAAUUUUCAUUUUGUUUUUACUGUAAUGGAUUUUUUCAAAUAGAAAUAAAAAUCCCUAUACUUUAUAAAUACAAUUGACAAGAACAAGAAAAUCGAAAAUAAACAAAAUUUUAAGUAGAUAAAUUGCAUGUGUAUGUGUAAUGUGCUCCUAGCAAUCCCACCAGUACCAGUACCUAGUCAGUUGUAUUCUACUUCUACUCUACCCUACCAGUCUCCUACUGUGGCCUGACCUUCAUAAUUCAUAUUGUGCUUCCAUUCAUUCAAUGUGACCUUCCAGUCCAGUAUUGAGUAUUCAUAGAUAAUGAAACCCAGUUGAAAGGGGACUGAUUAUAAAAUUUGAACAUUACACAAUAGAAUACUGCUUCACUUUUUUGUUCGCCGCUCCAUCGAGUACUCGCGAACGUAAACCGGUCUCUUAGGGUACUACGAGGUACUGCGUUAUUAGCAAUUUUUACCCUUCCUAACCUUAAAAGUGAUCAACAGGUUGUCGCCAUGGCUUGCCCUUUACCCUCCAAGUGCAAGAAAGGAGAUAUAGGCCUAAUUGGCUUGGCCGUCAUGGGACAAAAUCUCAUCCUGAACAUGGCGGAUCACGGUUUCACUGUUGUGGCAUUCAACAGGACUGUUGAAAAAGUCCAUAACUUCUUGGCUAAUGAAGCCAAAGGAAAAAGCAUAAUUGGUGCAGAGUCCAUUGCUGAUUUGGCAGCGAAAUUGAAAGCCCCCAGGAGGGUUAUAUUGUUAGUUAAAGCUGGACCUGCUGUAGACAGUUUUAUUGAUCAAUUGUUACCACAUUUGGAAAAGGGAGAUAUAAUUAUUGACGGUGGUAACUCCGAAUAUCAAGACAGUGAAAGGAGGAGCAAAGCAUUGCAAGAAAAAGGCAUCAGAUUUGUUGGAUCUGGAGUCUCAGGUGGUGAGGAAGGUGCCCGAUAUGGUCCAAGUAUUAUGCCAGGUGGAAACAAAGAGGCGUGGCCUUACAUCAAAGACAUUUUUCAAGGAAUUUCAGCUAAAGUCGAUGGACAACCAUGCUGUGAUUGGGUAGGAAGCGAUGGAGCUGGGCAUUUUGUCAAAAUGGUACACAAUGGUAUUGAAUAUGGUGACAUGCAACUUAUUGGAGAAGUUUAUCACCUUAUGUUGGCUUUGGGCAUUUCUCAGGAAGAAAUGGCUAAUACCUUUGAAGAUUGGAACAAGGGAGAACUCGACAGCUUUCUGAUUGAAAUCACCAAAGAUAUUUUAAGAUAUAAGGAUACUGAUGGUCAGUAUUUGCUCCCUAAAAUCAGAGAUACUGCAGGUCAAAAGGGCACAGGAAAAUGGACAGCUAUUUCUGCUCUCAACUAUGGAGUUCCAGUGACUCUAAUUGGUGAAGCUGUAUUCAGUCGUUGUUUAUCUGCUCUUAAGGCCGAAAGACAAAAAGCAAGUUCUGUUUUACCCGGACCGAGCGGUACCAAAUUCUCCGGAGAUAAAAAACAGUUUUUGGAAGACCUCCGCCAAGCCUUAUAUGCCAGUAAAAUCGUAUCUUAUGCACAAGGUUUUAUGUUGCUGCGUGAAGCUGCUCAGGUUCACAACUGGGACUUAGACUACGGUUCCAUUGCCCUUAUGUGGCGUGGAGGUUGCAUUAUCCGUUCGGUCUUCCUAGGACAAAUUAAAAAAGCCUUUGACACUGACAAGAACUUGAGGUCUUUAUUAUUAGCUCCAUUUUUCUUGGACGCUAUUUCCAAAGCUCAAGCUGGCUGGAGGAAUGUAAUUUCUACUGCGGUCAAUUUAGGAGUUCCAACUCCAGCUCUGGGCACAGCUUUAGCUUUUUAUGAUGGAUACAGGUCAGAAAGACUUCCGGCUAACCUUUUACAAGCCCAAAGAGAUUACUUUGGGGCUCACACAUAUGAACUUUUGGGACAAGAAGGCAAAUACGUGCACACCAACUGGACUGGCAAGGGUGGUAAUGUAUCUGCUACCACUUAUGAUGCAUAAAAUGUUAAUUCCUUUAUUUAAUUAUUGUUUUUGUUAAAAUUUAUUACUUAUUAAUAUGUGUUUAUAUCGUGAUUCAGGGUUUUUUAAUUGAUUGUAUGCAAAUAUAUUUAUUAUUGAAGUAUUCUUUUUAAUACAAUAUUUUCUUUUUUUUUCAA